GUCGUCGCGAAACCAACGAAAAGGCGUCGCUUCUCUUCGCCAUUUGUCUCGUCGUAAAGAUGGCGGACUUGUACUUGUUCCUCGCCGAUGAGGGCAUGUGCGAGGAAGAAAAAUCUCGGGUGUUUCGCCAGCAUCGUGAUGCUUUCGGUGCACUGAGUGAGGAACAAUUUAUUACGAAGUUCCGCCUUUGCAAAGACGCCGUGAGAGAGGUCUGCGAUGCUGUUGCAGGAGAUCUGCAGAAAACACAACGUUGGCGCAGCACUACACUCACGGUUCAACAAAGGGUGCUGAUGGCGCUACGCUUCUAUGCCACUGGUGCGUUUCUGGGGAUCAUUGCGGAGGAGGAAGAAUUCCUCACAACCAAACGUCCUGUGUCGGAGGCAGUCCAUGCAGUGAGCUCGGCAAUAAUCCGGAACCUUGCCCCGCGGUACCUCAAGUUCCCUGUGGCGCCGGAAGAAAGGCUGAGGAUGAAGCGGGAGUUCCAGGAAAUUGCAGGGUUGCCAGGUUGCCUCGGCGCAGUUGAAGGGACGACAAUCGCAAUCGUUACUCCAAGUACUAUGGACCCUCGUUUUGUGGACAGCAGUUAUAACUGUCGGAAGGGGUAUUACGCAAUCAACGUGCUAGGGGUUUCUGACGCCACUCGGCGGAUCCUCUACCUCAGCGCUUGCUACCCAGGGAGUUGCCCUGACUCCUCCAUAUGGAGCAUGUGCGACCUUCGUCAUCGGGCUCCACAAAUGUUUGGUGAUGAGGAAUGGCUUUUAGGGGGCUCUGACUACCCUCUUGAGCCUUGGCUGAUGACCCCUGUCCACAACCCCACAACACAGAAGGAAGAGUCCUACAACGAUGCCCACAGGAAGACGAGGGCCUGCACUGAGCAGUGUUUUGGUCUCCUGAAGAAGAGGUUCAGAUGCCUCCAGUGCUGCAGGUCUCUGCACUUCUCGCCAGACCGGUCAUCGAACAUCAUAACAGCAUGUGCCAUCUUACACAACAUGUGCCUUAAAUACAGUAUCCCCGAUCCAUCAGGUGAGGUGCAGGGGGAAGAUAAUCGUGAAGGCAGCGAUGAAGAAGACUUUGACGAAGACUUCCUUGAUGAACCGGAGGAAGCAUCUAUAAUAGCCAGAGCAUUGUGCAAGAGGAGUCAAAUAAUAAGCCAGUGUUUUUGAUGGGCAACUCAUGGAUCUACUGUCACAAGAUCACCCAUAUAUACGAACUUCGGAGGAGCCGCAGCGACAUACUCUAAUAGCGAAUGCAAGCCUGGACACUGUGUUACAUGGUCACUGGAAAGAACAAACAAAAAUAAUUUGUUGUUGCACUUUCCAUUGAGUGCUUUUUUGUAUCUGCGCUAAUGCGAUUAAUGCGCGUCUUCUAUGCGCGGUCUGCUACACAACUUCGGUGAAGUACGUAGCGAUCGUCAUGUCACGUGGACAAGGAUACAGACGUACUUUUACGCAAGCGGGAAAAGCUAGUGCGGAGUAUGCAGUUCCGUACAGACAUUGCAGUGCCUUCUUCAUAGUUCUUCUGUGUGUGGUAGGUCAGGAAACAGUUUUAGAUGCUUGCAGCACGUUGACGGAAAGGAUGAAGAACGGUGUCACACCAAUUUGCAUUCCUCAGGGGACAUCAAUGGGUGCAUUAAAUAGGCACCCCGGGGUGUGAGUGUUUCAGACUCCACCCACUUAAUACGACACCCAGGAGUGUGAGACUCUGAGCCACUUUUCAUGCUCCAGUUUCAUUUCGGUGCAUGGAAACAGACGACAAGAGCCCGGGUGCUUAAGAUUUUCCAUGACGCACUCCCUGUUGAGCGCCGGCAGGACGACCAUCGAAGUGUGCGCUCGGAAGCAAAAUGGGGACUUACUAUAUGUUACCCAAUGCUCCGAUUCCAGUAAACUGUAAUAUUUUUAGAACCGUUAUCAUGCUUUUUUGUAAAGAAGGAAGUCACUGAAAAGGUUAACCAGCUGUAGGACUCGAACCCAGAUCUUCUGGAUUGCCAGCCCAGGGCUCUACCGAUUGAGCUAAGCUAACACACCUCUCCAAUGACUUCCAAGGGUGCGUCAUUUGAGGGGGCAAUCCACAUCCACUCACUCACUGCAAACCAGAAGAUGUGGGUUUGAGCCCUACAGCUGGCUAACCUUUUCAGUGGCUUCCUUCUUCGUUUUUGUUCUUAGGCACUGGAGGGUUUGUGUAUUGUGUUUAUUAGUGGACAACUUCCAUACGGAUAUGGGCGGUUAUUCACGGGAAAUGCAGUGCUUUAGUACAGUCAUCUUCACAGCAAGCAGCUCCUAUGGAGACUGUUGCAAAUUCCUAUCUUUUCCAUUUCAUUUGCUGUUACGAGGAAAAGUCUUCACAACCGCCGUCGUCUCCUCCAAUGUUGUUGUAGGUUCGAACUAAGCCAAAGUGCCAUCUGUCUCUGCAUUGCAUUAGGAGACAACAGGAAGCAGCAUCCAUCAGCGAGCAGUGCAACACUCCAAAGUUGCUUUUCGCUGUUUAGUGGCCGCUCCUGGUGUCUCAUACUCCAGGUUUGAGUGUGCCAAAUAUGGGGCACCUACUGCACCCAUGGAGUGUGUACUCUGUGUGAGAACAAAAUCUGGAAAGCUGUUGCUAAAUAUUGAUUCAGCAUUAUCUUCGCUCUCUCAGUAGCUGAAUUUCUUUUAACUCUGCAGAAGAAUUCUAGUGUUGCUAUCAAAUUACAUAAUUAGAUACGGCUAAUACUUACGAAAAGUUGCGUUGAAAUUCCGCAGAACCAUCAUUUUGUGAAUACCAAGUGAGACUAAAAGCUGAAUUGAUAUUAAUAUUUACUAUGGCUAUUAAAAGGUUCUUAUAGCUCAGGGAAUUGCAUAUCGUGUGUGGAGUGCCUCUUCGGCAAUGUAUGCUAGUUGAAAUAAUUUGUUCUUCCCAGAACCACUUUAGGUGAGGUUUGUUAGGCACAGACCUGUACCAUUAAUGCUCAAAGAUGCAUUAAAAAAUAAAGUCAA